CUCCGCAGCAAGUCAGCAACAAAGGAAAGCAAAGGGCAGGAGGAUCCGAAUUCUAUACGCUAAGAUGGAAUUUACCUUCAUAUUGUUAGCAGCUCUUGUGGCCGUCACCCAACAGCAAUUCCGACAGCAUCCAGGUGAAGCAGUGUUUUGGUUGGCACCUCAUUAUCCACCACUAUCAGCCACCAUCCACGGCUAUUUCACUUCCAACUACAAUAACGACGAACUUGAAAUGCCCUUCUUUCGUCAACUGCCAAGGAACGAUCCAGUUAGGGAAGAGAACUAUGUAGGCAUCAAAUUAAGAACUAAAGAUGUCAAUCGCUACCAACCGUUGCCGCAGAAUAACGCACGAUUUGUCAUCAAUUUCUCGAGCCUAUCCCCUUUGUUGAACAAAGUGAAAACGAUUACUUUCACGAUAACGUCAUCAGUGACUUUUACCAAAGUACAAUCAUGCCUUCCAACCAACCAGUUUUACACCAGCGCUUUCACUAGCGUCACUUGCCGUCGUAAGCGAAGCGCAAUCGUCGAAUCAUCAGACGUUCAAUUAACCAUCAACCCGACUAAUAUGCAGCCAAUUGAACCUACGAUUGUUUCCGCGUUGAAUGCGCCGUCAGGAAACGCCGAACGUCCGCUGAUCAGUUCGUCCAAAGAUGAAGACCUGCUGGACGAAAAGCAGAACUCACAAGCAAUGCCACAAUCAAAGCAAUCGAGAAUGCAAAGAUUGUUUUUCCACUUCGUCACAACUACAACAGUUGUGAGCUACACGUUUUUCUCUGCGACGAGUACGAAGACGGUGAGUUUCGUGAGUGUUGGUAACGCGCAAGGACCAGGAUACCUGACCUGCCGUCCAGAGGGCUACAUUGUAUGCUCUUAACAAAUUGCCUUAACCGACCGACACAGCACACACACUCACAGAAACUACUACGGCUUUUACAAGCAACUUAGCAACACACGUCUUACAACCCCCUUUCUUGAAACGUCCUUCUAAAACUCUAAUUAAAUGCAAGCUACAAACAUAAUAAACAGCAGGUGCAAUCUUAA